AUGGCGAAAAAGUGCGUUCACAAAGGCUGCGGCAAGACAUACGAGAAUGAAGAGGAGGAAUGCGUGUACCACCCUGGCCCGCCUGUCUUCCACGAGGGGCAGAAAGGUUGGAAAUGCUGCAAACCCCGCGUUUUGACCUUCGACGAGUUCCUCGCGAUCGAGCCUUGCACGAAAGGGAAGCACUCGGACGUGGACGACACACCCGCGCCCGAGAAGAUCAAAACGCCUGACGUGCCCAAUGGUACUUCUGUCAACCUUGGAUCGCUGCAGGAGUCUCUUCCAGCACCCGCGCCUCGUCUUCCCGCCGCCCAAGCUACACCGCGCGCAACAACACCGGCUCCUGCGCCAGAGUCCGAAGAUGACGACCCAAACGCACCACUGAAGGAGGGCAUGACUUGCAGGAGAAAGGGUUGUGGAGAGACAUUCAAAGGCGGAAGCAGAGAGGGCGAGAAGUGCGUGCACCACCCUGGUGUACCCAUCUUCCACGAAGGAAGCAAAGGGUACAGCUGCUGUAAGCGGAGAGUGCUCGAAUUUGACCAGUUCAUGACGAUGGAGGGUUGCAAGACAAAAGACAGACAUCUGUUUGUGGGGAAGGCAAAAAAAGAGGGCGAGGAGGAGAAGGUCGACACUGUGCGACACGACUUCUACCAGACCGCAGCGACCGUCACAGCAUCACUCUACCUCAAGAAGAUCGACAAGUCCAACGCCAUCGUCGACUUCCAGCCCGACCACGUCAACCUCGACCUUCGAACCUCUGACAGCAAACGCUACAACACCGGCUUCCCGCUGUUCGCCGGCAUCAAGCCAGAAGAGAGCAAGUUUAGGAUUCUUGGCACCAAGCUGGAGAUGACCCUGGCCAAGGCAGAUGGAACAAGCUGGCCGGUACUGCGCAGCGACGAAAAACUGACUGGCGAGUUGAUCCAGGUCGGCAGGGCGGGAAUGGCAUAG